UACCUUUUUUUCUUUUCUUUUCUUUCUUUCUUUUUUUUUUUUUUUUCAUUUGAAUGCUUCUCUGUGGAUGGAAAAAGAUUUGAGUCUUGAUAAUUACGCUGUUUUAAAGCUAUUUCUUUAUAGUCUGAACUGCUUCAUAAAUUGGGCCACUUACCAAUGAGCCACACAGCCGGCUCCUGUCCGGAGCUGGUUGAAAGCUGUGCUGCGCAUGUAGCAGGGAUGGCACAAGAAGACGGCCGGCGUGCUCAAGUGCCAUCUACCUUUUAUCAUGGUGCCAACCAAGAACUUGACCUGUCCACCAAAGUGUACAAAAGGGAGUCAGGAAGUCCUUACUCCGUGUUAGUGGACACCAAGCUGAGCAAGCCGCAUCUCCAUGAAACGGAGGAACAGCCAUAUUUCAGGGAGACAAGAGCCGGGUCUGACGUGCAUGCUGUUAAAGAAGACCGGGAGAAUUCUGAUGACAUGGAGGAGGAGGAGGAGGUCUCUUACAAAAGGGAGCAGAUCAUAGUGGAGGUAAACCUUAAUAACCAAACAUUAAAUGUGUCUAAAGGGGAAAAGGGUGUCUCUUCUCAGUCCAAAGAGACUCCUGUUCUUAAGACAAGCAGCGAGGAGGACGACGCGAGUGAGGAAGAGGCCACCGAUAACAGCAGUGACUAUGGAGAGAACACGAGGCAGAAGAAAAAGGAGAAGAUGGCGGAGGAAGUCGGCGUUGCACAAAGGAGAACGAGGAGAGCUGCCUCCGUGGCCGCAGCUACCGCUUCCCCUACUCCCAGAACCACGCGAGGUCGUAGGAAGAGCGUAGAGCCACCUAAGCGUAAGAAGCGGGCCGCAAAGGAGCCCAGAGCAUCAGCCCAGAAAGCUAAGUGUGAAGAGAAAGAGACUCUGACCUGUGAGAAGUGCCCCAGGGUGUUUAACACGCGCUGGUACCUGGAGAAGCACAUGAACGUUACUCACAGGCGCAUGCAGAUUUGUGAUAAGUGUGGCAAGAAGUUUGUCCUGGAAAGUGAGCUGUCCCUUCACCAGCAAACAGACUGUGAGAAAAACAUCCAGUGUGUUUCCUGUAACAAAUCAUUCAAGAAACUCUGGUCCCUUCAUGAACAUAUCAAGAUCGUCCAUGGAUAUGCAGAAAAGAAAUUCUCCUGUGAAAUCUGUGAGAAGAAAUUCUAUACCAUGGCUCACGUGAGGAAACACAUGGUCGCGCACACGAAAGACAUGCCUUUUACAUGUGAAACCUGUGGGAAAUCGUUCAAACGCAGUAUGUCACUCAAGGUGCACUCCUUGCAGCAUUCUGGAGAGAAGCCCUUCAGAUGUGAGAACUGCGACGAGAGGUUCCAGUACAAGUACCAGCUGCGCUCCCACAUGAGCAUCCACAUCGGCCACAAGCAGUUCAUGUGCCAGUGGUGUGGCAAGGACUUCAACAUGAAGCAGUACUUCGACGAGCACAUGAAGACACACACUGGAGAGAAACCCUUUAUCUGUGAAAUCUGUGGCAAAAGCUUCACCAGCCGCCCCAACAUGAAGAGGCACCGCAGAACUCACACCGGCGAGAAGCCCUACCCGUGCGACGUGUGUGGCCAGCGGUUCCGCUUCUCCAACAUGCUCAAGGCCCACAAGGAGAAGUGCUUCCGGGUGACCAGCCCCGUGACCGUGCCGCCUGCUGUCCAGAUCCCACUGACCACUUCCCCCGCCGCCCCCGCUCCUUCCGCGGGGAACACACCCACCACCCCAGCCCCGCCGAUCAGCAUGAGCCCGGUCAACACUCUUCCCCCGCGGCCCAUCCCCCACCCGUUCUCACACCUUCACAUCCACCCCCACCCGCACCACCCGCACCACCUUCCCAUCCCUCCCGUGCCUCACCUCCCCCCACCUCCAGCUCUCUUCAAGAGCGAGCCUUUAAACCACAGAGGCCAGGGCGAGGACAGCUUUCUGCGGCACCUGGCAGAGAAGAACGGCUCGGCACAGCAUCACUAACGUCCAUCUCCCGAGGGUGUUCUCCACGCCGCGUGCCCGCACGGAGCUGGGGAGCGGUUCCGCAGCCCCCGCCAGGAGCUCGGCGCUGUCCUGGUGAAUCCACACGUCGAGGGGACGAACACGGACACUGGGAGUCCUGGAGGGACCCGUCAUCCAAACCAGGGGAACCACCAAACUGAAGCCCAACGUGCUUGCAUUUUCUGGUGACUUUUAUAAAUUUCAAACACUCAGACUGUGGAAUUUUAUAAUUUCAUAUCAGCUGAUGAGGUAUGCUUGCUUUUAUAUCCCGGACUUCUCCUCAAAGAGGGGACAGGCCUGGUUUCCUGUGUACUGAUCGGGAAGACUGUGAGGUCGAUCCAGAGCAUUAAUUGUAUCACUGUGCAUCGUAAUGAAUUCUUUCAGCUUUUGGUGCUGGCUGCAGAGGUGAGCUAGCCACGUUUUCACAGUAUAUCAAGCAUUAUAGAGAAAGAUGGAAAUUCUCUUCUUUGUGUAGCUCUCCUAACACUCUUUAUUUUACUACAGAAAUUAUUUUAGAGUUUUUGUAUAGACUUCUUUAGUAGUCGGUUUCUAAAAUGAAAUGUAUUUCAAUAAGCGGUGUAAUUUUUUCAGUGUCGCUGGACCUAUGUUGUAAAAUAGAAAAAAAAAUUUAUAAUCAUCAAAAUGUGAUUCUUAAAGAUGCAUAUAACUUCUAUACUUCAAAGUUACUAUUCUUACAUCCGUACAACUCAAAGGUGCUUCGGAGACUAGAUGUGUCUGAGAGGGUCUCCAGACCACGUCACUGCAGAAAGGAGGCUUUGCUUUCAGAACGUGGGGUCAGUCCUGGGUGGUUUUUAGCCUCUGCUUCACACUCGGUGUCUUCGGGCUCCUGUCCUCACGCUUCCCUUGGUUCCGUUGGUGCAUUAAUGGUCGGUUUGCAGAGCGGGGGCCUUUCCCGGGAAGUCACCGGCAGUGGCCUGUUCUGAAAACCGAGGAGGAGGUAGUGGGGAUGGUCUCACCCCAGUCACGCCUGGUUCUCACGUCCCUUGGAACCGUUGUUGUUCAGCCUCCGGGGAUGACAGCGUGAGGCUCGUACCACACUUCUCAUUUGAGGUCGUUUAUUUUUCUGGAGUCGUGGGGAGAAGACAGGACAGCACCCCAACAUCACAGGCAUGGCGGGGCAUGGGGCCGAGGAAUGUGGGUGGGAACACAGUGCUUGCGUUCGCCCUGUCUCCGUGUCACGGCACAGAUCACCGCCGGCGCCUGUUCCCGCAGGCCAGUUGCGGCGAGGGAGAGAGAACUGCCCGCGGCCCGGUGCUCCGCAGGCCUGUGACGGCCGCGUGCGGGUGAUGCGAGGGCGGCGCCUCGGAGGCCGAGGCAGGUGACUUUUCUCAGUUUGGAGAACUUUGAAAGAGCACACCAACCAGCAGCUUCCUGGAGGCCAGGCUGCAGCGAAGGGCUAACUGUCAGUGCACUUAACGGAUCACGUUUAUCCGGAUUGAACACAGCUGAAACUGUCCUUUUUCAUCUCAGAGAACAGAGUUCCAAGGCUGGGUCUCCUUACUUUCUCUCUCUCCCUCUUUUGAUUUUUAAAAAUGUGUUUGUUUGUUUAAAAACAUCCAGAACGCUUCAGGAGUUUGCGUGUCGUCCGUGCGCAGAGGCAGCGAAUCCUCUCGGGACCGGUCCAGUUGCGGUCCGGGUGCUGCCGAAGGGAGCUCUCCUGAUUCUGUUCAUUUUGAAAUGCCUUCGUUUUUCUUUUCCUCCGGCUGGUAAAUCAUUGCCUGAGUCAGAACCCCGGCUUUUAUUUAUUUUUAAUAGUAAACCAGCAGACAUACUUCAAGCACCUUUCUGGCUGAUUAGCUCUGAUGGGGGAAAAGUUGUACUUUUUCCAUGGAGGUUAAGUCCCUAUUUUAAAAAUAUUGCAUUCUCUAUUCGCUCUUUGGUUUCAUGUGUCUAUUUUUUCCCCCAUUGUGACUGUUGCCUUUGUCUUCUAUAAUGAGCAUAGACAAAUUUUGAAACGAGGCAGAAAAGUAUCUCAAAACACACUUUUCUUCCUGGUUUUGGAUCUAAUUUCUAAAGAAUGCUAUUUUAAAUAUUUGUAUACAUUCUGUGAACACCCAGGUCCCCAACCGGAAAAGGACAGUUAAUUCCCUGUUUGACUGUUACAUCUUCGGUGGCCACCUCCUGUCACUCCCACAGUCUCCGGGGAAUUCUGUGGAAGCUUUGGGUCUGCACCUUUCUGUAGACGUCAUUCUCUCACGGCCAAGCCUGUGUUGCUCAAAUCACUCUCUACUAAAGAUGUCAACUGCAGCUUAGUUCAUGGCUGUGCCGCUAAACCUUAUUUUGUUCCAAAUAAACGUAUGGCAAAGGGCAGCAACUCUGAAUUCUAUACUUGAGACCAUUGAAGCAACCGUUCUAUGAGGUGUACUAUACUUAUACACUGGAAAAUUCAGGUAGUCGUCUUGGAUUUCUUUAUUCGGGUGAAUAUAGCCAUAAGAAAGUAUCUGCUACAUAGGAAAGCCGGUGGUAAGCAAAUAAUCACCACCACCCUUAACAGAAGCAAAUUUUUUAAGUCAGCACUGUCACGCGACACAGUUCUGAGUGAGAGGUGUUGUGGAACAAUCUGAACACUUCCCAUGUCCCCCGCUGUGUAAGCAUUCCUUUCCUGACAGGAUUUGUGGUCUUCAGGAAAACAGCCCAAAAUACAACGGCCCUUCAUCAGGGGCAUGUUACAUGAGUAACGAAACGCAUUAAGAAUAGUCACAACUUGAAUGCUUCUGAACAUGAGAACUGCAGGAGUAAGCCUUAAACAUACAUGCACAUCAGGUUGAACACGCUUGAGACUCGGACUCAGGGCUGGCACUGGAUUGGGUCCUUUACAGAUAAAAGUCGCAGUACGUGGUGUGUCCUCCCACACGCAGUACAGCACCCGAGGCUUUUAAAAAACUUAUUCCUACCUGCUCUCUGUUUAUGGAAAAAAGGACUGUGGAGGAGUUUGAGUUCUCAGCCAUUAUCUGUACUUAAAUCCGUUUUUUAAAGGUAACAGCGGCCGCAUCUCAGCAUUACCCAGAUACCAAAUUGAGGCUGCUUUUCAGUACUUAAUUCUAUUGUCUUUAAAGCCUUGUACCAAGCGAGGGUCAAGACUUCCUUGAGGAAAAGUCCCAAGGACUUUCUUAAGUUGAUACUGCUUUUUUUUUUUUCUUUGCCGUUUUCUAUUCUUUUCUCAUAGAUUUAUCGUUCAAAUAUAAACUCUUUCUUCGCCUCAUGGAAAGGCUGCUGGCUGCUUUCUCGUAUUAAGUCAGGUCUGCUCAUACCAAGUUACAGUUUUUAAUUUGAAUGGAGGAUAUAAGAUGAACAGUUGAAAGGUAUGUGGCUUCCUUUCCGCGUGUAUUUGUGAUUUGAUUUUGAUUUUUAGCAAGCAGGGAGGUCACCACAUAACACUUGAUGGUUACAUAGGCUUUUCCAGUCGACCACGUCCAUGACCUGCUCUCUGUUGAUGACUGAGCAUGGCCAUUACCAUCUUCGUACAAGCUACGUGGUUGGAACCACCUCUUCAUUGUGGUCAGACAUUCCUUAUAAUUUGAUUGUCCUUAGUGUACUCACUGGAGGCAAAAGACUCUGAAGAGACGCUUGUGAACUUGGAAUGUUCUACUUCUUGAACAUUUUUCAGUUUUUAUGUUCAUUGAGUGAGUAUAUGUGGUUAGUUUUAACUUUUAUUUCACUGGAAGUUUUAAAUUUUGAGAUCAAGCAGAAAUAGAAAUCCAUUGCAGAUGUAUAUACAGUUACCCCAUCUUGCUGAUUUCCGUGAGUGAAACGCAGAUGGUGGUGGGAUUUUAUUGUAAGAAAAAAGAAAGAAAACUAAAGUUAGAGAAACCUUUCUGUUUGAGCUACUGUAUAGAAGAGACAGCUUUUAUUACAUUGUUGAUCCACCUGAUGAACAUUUCAAUGCUGUUCUAGACUGUAUGGGAGAAGUAUUUAAUGAAAAAGGGGUUAGGUUACAUUGAAGAAUUUUAUCAGCUAUGUACCAUUACAAAAAUAAACUCCCUUGGAACUCUUUAGGCUGUAAAAUUGAGCAAGUAAAUAUUGGGUUUUCAUUUUCCUUUGCCUAAACCAAGAUAAGAAAUUUCCCAAAAGGUCAUUUUUUUCAGGAAUGAGAGGUCAUUGGCCAUUAGAGAUAGUGGCAUUAUUAUGCAAUAACAGCACCCACCUAACCUGCUUCUGUCAACGGUAGCAUUCAUAACAGGUACCGAUGACCUUCCACCCCUGGACACUACCUCGUUCAAGCAAACCAGAGAUCCUCUCGACACUUUCUACGGAAGCCAUAAGAGUCGCCAUCAGUAUCUCCACUUUCCUACUUCUAUACUUUUAUACACUCGAGACUUUUUAUAGACUUUAUGAUGAGAUCUUUUUGUCUUAGAGGAUAGGUUUUGCAAGAUUCAAAAGAAAAUCAAACUCCUUGGUUGCCCCAACUUUGAAGCUUGAGGUUCAGUACAUUUGAAUAAAGAACCAGAUAAUGUA